CAUCAAGUGGAGGACCCAGAUCGAGCAUUAUACUUUGAGUCCAUUCGCGAGCGCGCUAUGAAACUCUGUGGAAAAUAUUGGAACUACGAGAACUCGCAGUAUAGAUUGAUUGAUACCAUCUGCAUGGGGCUUGAGCAGGCAGAGAGCGAAGCGUUGGUGGGACAGUUUGCUGUAUUACAAAAAUACGUGCGCGAAAGGAAUCUGGCCGCCACAGACACUGGGAUAGCAAAGUUGAAUGAACUGCGAAUUCAGUAA